AUGAGACCAGAUCGCACGCUGCUAGCCUCCCUGGCGGCCUCUCUGUGGGCCUCCCAGGCCUCUGCCUACGACAACUUCCUCAAGAUCCAGCCGAGGUACUGGAACUCGUCCAUCGAGGCCGCCGCGCCAAGCACCGUGUCGUCCUGCUCCACAGACUCCACCAUCACCCAGACUAGCGUGAUCACGCUGAGCAGCGGAGCAGACUCCGACGACUUCUUGGACGCGACGCUCACGCCGACGGUCACCGACACAAACAGCGUCGGCGUCACGGAAAACAAGUACAUCACCAUCACAACCACCUACACCGACUGCAACUACCGCGGCCAGUGCUCCACGCUGACGGCCACAGAGCUCGUGAGCUCGUACACCACCACCAUCUCGGGGCACGUGACCGUCGUCACGGGAUACGAGAUCCUGUCGGGCUCGUCCACGGCGUCGCCCGUGACCAGCACCUCCGCCGGCGACCCGCACACCGUGCUGACGCGCACCUCGUGCUCCGCCGGCGGGUGCUCGACCUGGACCACCGAGGAAAUCUUGUCCAGCUACACCACCACCAUCUCCGGCCACGAGACCGUCGUGACCGAGCUGUACCCGCUUACCGGCGCAUCGUCGUCGUCGGCGCCGGUGACCACGCCAGUCGCCGCUCAGGCAACGACGCCCGCAGCCACCGCCGUGGCCGUUGUCUCGUGCUCGGCCGGCAAGUGUUCGACGUGGACGACCGACGAAAUUGUGUCGUCGUACACGACCACAAUCUCGGGCCACGAGACGGUAGUGACGACGCUGAUCCCGCUCUCGGGGGCUUCCGGCUCGGGCGACGCCAAUGCUGAAACCGUCACCGGCACCACAACGUCGUGCUCGGCAGGAAAGUGCUCAACAUGGACAACAGAGGAGAUCGUCUCGAGCUACACGACGACCGUCUCUGGUCACGUGACCGUGAUAACGACGACGUGUCCGCUGUCUGCUGCUGCUGCCACGCCGACGACCGCCGCGACCGUCACCGAGACCGUCACGUCCUGCUCGGCGGGCAAGUGUUCCACGUGGACCACCAAGGACGUUGUUUCGUCGUACACCACCACCGUCUCCGGUCACGUGACCGUCGUGACGACGCACAGCCCUGUCUCGUCGGAGGCGGUCGUGAGCUCCAAGGGCGGCGGUGUUGCGUUUGAGCUGACGUCGUACACGACGACGGUCCACAGCACGCCGACGGUCGUGACGACAAUCUGUCCGCUGAGCUCGGCAAAGUCCGGCGCCGUUUCUAGCACCGUUUCCAGCGCCGUUUCGAGCACCGCCUCUAGCACCGCCUCCUCCAGCGACUCUGGCACCGUCACCACCGUCACCACCGUCGUCGGCGGCGUCACCACCGUGCUGACGACGUACUGUCCCGACAGCAGUGCCGCAGCCCUGAGCAGUGCGAGCGCCUCAAGCAGCGUUUCUGCCUCGAGCAGCGCGACUGUCCUGAGCAGCUCCUCGAGCACAGCCACAAGCUCUACAUCGACCGGCUCCGUGCCAGAGGCCACCGUCGAGCUCGCCGAGCCGUCGACGGUCUCCGUGCCCGUCGAGACAGAGCCGUCCGUGUCGCCGGUCGUCUACACGUCGACCAUCUCGAGCGUCCCGGUCGAGCUCACCACGUACUCGACAGCCACCGAGAGCACCCUGCUCACGUCCAGCACGGCCGGCUCGGCCAGCUACAGCUCGACACCGGCAGCCUCCAUUUUCGAGGGCGCCGCCGGCAAAAUCAACAUUGGAGUCGGCCUGAUUUCAAUGGUUUACGGACUGAUUUGUGUACUAUAG